AUGACUUCUUCAACAGUUAAAAAUAUUGUAUAUAAUAAACUGAACAGUUAUAUGGAAGGUAUGAAUGAAUAUUUUAAUGGAAAAUCCUUGUGUAAGGUAUAUAAAGGUGAAUAUAAUUCUAUUUAUAAUAAAUUUAAAGAUAUUUGUCUCAAGGUUACAUUUUAUUUACAUAAAAUACAAAGGGAUGAAAUAAGCGGAGCCACAUAUGCAGGAUGUUUAUAUGUGUAUUAUUGGAUAUAUUAUAAUAUUUUUAAGGAUAACCACUUUAAUUAUAUCAAAAAUAUGUACGAUCAUUUUCUUAAUGCAUCUGGUUAUAGACAAGAUGACUCAUGCAUUUAUUAUAAAGAAUAUAUUACCGAAGAUGUAUUGAGAAAACUCAAAUAUACACUAUAUAGUUCAUAUAUUAAGCAAACUGUAAGGAAUUUAUUGAGUCUACGGAAUAAAAAAAAUGGAAAACAAAAUAAGUUAUAUAGCUUAUUUGAAAAGAAAUACAAAAAUAUAACUGGUAGCAAUUAUAAUUUAUUGUAUAACUCAGUAGAUUACAAAGAAUACAUUAAUAAAUAUUAA